UUUCCGGUGCCAACCUCAAGCUCUGACAGAAACCGAUCGCAGUAAGACAUCCGCUGAGCAACACCUUUAAAAGACGAGUUGCUUUGAAAUACGCGACCAUUCAGACGAAGUAGUAGGAAGCAGAGACUGAGGCAGACAGGAAGUCUUUAAAAGAGACAAUGAGUUGGUCUCCUGAACUUCUAGCGUGAUAGAAGUCAGAGGAAGGUGACGUUGCUGAGGUGAAGGGGAAAGAUUAAGGUGUUAAAAACUCAAGUUUCUGAUGGCGUCUGCUUCUGGUAGCAGAGAGAAGGAUCAGCCUCCAGUACUGCCUGUCAAACAACACAGACGUUCCAGUGUGGAGUCGGACUCUGUUUUCAGCCCCGCUGGGUUUCAGCAUCCCAGCUUUGCAUACAGCGAUGUCUUCUCGGAGCCCACCGACUGUCAUGCAGCCCAGUGUCCCAUCCACCAGCGCUACGAUCCGUUCAAACACCAGAUGAGAUUCUUCUCCGAUGGCACACCACCUCCUGUUCCAAAGAAGAAGCUGACCCGCGCCCUCUCUCUUCCCGGCAUUGAUCCACCUGCACACUCUUCCCUCUCUCCACUCUCCCCUCUGCAAAGACGUCCUCAGAACUUUGACAACCCCGUCUACAUGAUGGCACCGAUACCUGAUACUUUUACGCAUGAGGAGACUCAAGGCUUGAAACCAGCCAGAAGAAGCCCCACUCCCUUGCAGCCCCUGUCCCAGCUGUCCUUUGAUACCCCCGAUGAACACCUGGCCUCCGUCUUUGGGAGCUUUGAGGACCAGCGUGUUGUCUCAGGGAGGAUCCAGCAUCGUCAGCUGCUCUUCCUUCGAAGCCUGGCUAAGAGCGUUGAGGAGCGCAGCAUCCUAAAGGUGAAAGAAAGGGAUUGCGACUCAUAUGAGCCUGGGGAUUUCCUGCUGUGUGAGGGUAGCAAGCCAAAGAAGAUCGGAGACAAGACCUACUACAGCCUCCAGAGCCCAAAGUUCCCUGGGAGGGUGCUCGGUUUGAGGACAUGCAAAGGGAAGAAGAACGCUCCAUCGACUUGUAACAAAGAAAACCUGCAUGCGAAUGUGCAAGAUGCCAUCGCUUACUUUCAACCAAGCAUUGAUGAGGAAAGCAAAACCAACGCAACGCAAGCGCUUUCCACCACUGGAGAGCCAGAUUGCAGGGCUCCUGAUCCACCAGACGGAGGCAGCGAUGAGACAGAGCCUUGUUGUCCCAGCACCACGUCUCUAGACUCUUUCAUUCAGAGAGGACACUGUGUGAGUGUGGAACGUGAUCUGCCGCACGCCACCCUGGAGGACUUUGUUCAGGACAGCUGCUUGGUGCAGCCCAGCGACUGUCAGAAUUACAACAGACAGGUGUGUGUUCUGGUGCUGCAGGUCCUAAUGGGCUCACACCACCUGCACAGCAACAGUGCUGCUGCAGCUGAGCUCAGACCCAGAGAGAUCCUUCUGGUCUGGCCCGGCAGGCAGAGAUGUAAAGGGGGAGAUGUGCUGGAACAGGAUGGUCAAAUAGGUUGGGUGCAGAAGUUAUGGAGGAAAUACGGAUGUCCUCGUGUGCUAGUGACACCACAGUCUGCUGCUUUGGCCCCUCAGGCUCUGACCUCCAUUAAAUGCCAAAUUGGAGCCCUAAUUCAGUUCUGCCUGCGCCCACAGGAAGCCCACAAAGACCCUACUGUGUCUGUAUGCCGAAUGGGGCUUCUUCAUUUGUCCUCUCUGCUUCAGAGCGAGAACGGUCCCCAGAUGACGGACGUUAUAGCCAUGCUGCAGGUGCUCCUGUGGGGGCCCCGGGUCUCCAUAUCCAACCACAGAGGCUCCUCAUCGGUCACGGCUGUGCAGAACUGGCUGACUGUCAAGCGAGCCCUGCUGGUGAUGAAGCUGGCAGAGGCGGGACUGAUGGAGGAUCAUUCUGGUGUGGACUGGGAGGACUGCAUGUGUCUGAAGUAUCUGCCAUUUACCGAUUCUGAAGCAGUAAUGGGUGCGGCGAUGCAGCUUUCCAACAUCCUGAGCUGAGUUUACCGAGAUAUUUUUAGCUGCAUCAGCUGCAGAGGACAAACUACUUUGAGAGGUUCAUCCUUGCUUUACCACCUCUGUUCAUAUUGAUGCAAACUGGUCUGAU